CCGCGCAUGCGCUUAGCUUUAUGUGAGAAAGAUGGCGGCGCCCAUGGCUUUAUCAGGUGGAGAUGUUUUUGGAGAUUUAAACCUAUUUGAGGAGUUUUCCUCGAAGGCCAAGAGUACCGAGCGCAAAGAGGCGACUAAGGAGCAUCCGUGGGAAACAGAAAAGUCUGAUCUCGAGAAGGAAGUUUUGAGACUGAAGCAAGAAAAUCGGAAACUUCAAGCUCAACUAAAAGUAUGCAUACAAGCCAAGGGGUACAAGGUAUCGGAAGGAACCGAGGAUGGUCCUAUAGCACAAGUUAUCUAUAUGAAUCAUGAAAAAGUGUGUAAAUACAGGCAAGAAAUUGAGAAAUAUUUUGAGCAUGUUUGUUCACACCAUUUUGACAUGCAAGCCCAACCGAUGGGACAGAAGUAUGAAUACAGCAGGGUUCUACCUCAGUGUUCUUCCAUGGUCCUGUCUGAAGACCCUGACCCUGCCAAUCAAGAAGCCUUCACUGCCACUGGCAACGUGCAAUACUACCUCUUAUUCUGUCUCGACACGUUUGGGCGCCCCCUCGUGGAUGGUAAUAUCGAGAUGACGGAGGGAUGGGAAAUACCGGCCUAUCCAAUCAUCUUCCGUGAAGCCUUGCCCGUCGAUGACAAACCAAGUAGACCAUCAAAAGGGAAACGACCAAAGGCUUCCUGCUUCAACUGUGGCAAUGAGAAACAUAGUUUGAGAGAAUGCCCCGUGGCUCGUGACUUGGUUCGGAUCAGCCAGAACAAGAAGCUCUUCAUGGACCAGAUGUCAUCUUCCCCUGCGAACACCAUCUCAGGGAGACGAUAUCACAAGGAUGGAGAGGGCGGGGCUACGGCUGAUCGCUUCAAGGCAUUCAAAGCAGGAGCCAUCAGUGAUGCCCUGAGACAAGCGAUGGGUUUAUCAUCCAACCAGCUUCCACCGUACAUCUAUGGUAUGAGACGUCUCGGGUACCCACCCGGUCACUAUAUGGAUGCUCAGGUUCACAAGUCAGAUCUCAAGGUCUACAACAUCAAGAACACAGAUGAGGAAGGGGAAGUCCCUAGUGACGACGAUGGGGAGAGCAGAAAGCCAAAGUUUAACCUCAACAAGCUAAUAGACUACCCAGGUUUCAACGUUGAAGCUGACCCAUCCGUUGCAGAUGAGUGGCGUAUGUACAACUCGAUACCGAUGCAGAGCAACCAGAGCAAGGAGGUCCUCAAGCUCCACCUCACACCCAUGGCAGUGGACGAGGAUGAGAAGGUGACGCCUCACAGCAAGCGUAAGAACAGGGACUUCAACGAGAGCAGCAGUCAGAAGAAACGCAGGAUAGAGAAGGACUCGGUGGAUAUGGAUAUCAGUAUGGAGUAUCCAGAAACUCCUGUGCGAGGCUGGUUUCAACCUCCUCUGCCCCCAACACCAGAAAUAGCCACGCCUCCCCCUUUACCCCCUGGUUCAGCCCCACCCACUCCAAUCAGAGACAGUCCAUCAGCAUCCAGCCAGGAUGAGUCGUUACCAUGGCAAAGCGCGAACUCCCAAACCUCCUCCCGAUCCGCGUCUCCCGAUCUGGACCGGCUCAUGACGGAACGAACCAAGCUUCUGGCGGCCCUGGAGAAAGGCGCGGAUAGCAGCAUCUCGUCUUCCAGUGAUGCAGUCCCGUCAGGCGUGGAUACCACCGAGGAGGAGGAGGAAGACGGGGAGGUAGGAAGUGACAAAAGGACUAAGGGCAGAAACGGGGAAGAUGAAUCAAAGGAUAAGAAGGAAAACGGUCACGACAAAAACAUUGAAGAUGGAGCGUCCAAUCCCGACGUCUCGUCCAAGGAUUCACCGGACAGCCCGGAAGCACCAUGCCUGAACAGCAGCAGCCAGUGGAUCACCCUGGAUAGUACAGGAGACAGCAGUGUCUUCAUGAGCGUGGAGGAUGAGACGCCAAACAAGUCCGGUGUGCCUCACAGGCGCAACUUCUCCGUCGACAUCGCACCCCAUGACUUUGAGGCCGAUGAGCCCAAGAAGAAAGGCAUCUUUCGAAAACUGCUAGGGAUUCUGAAAAGAGAUAAGAAUUGAUCCACAUCCUUUCACAUUUUUGGAAAUACUUUUUUUUAAAUGAACAAUUAAAUUUUUAGAAAUGUAAUUGUAUGAGAAAUCAAGCAAUAUUGGUAUUUAUCUCAGUGAUGAAGUUAGGCAGUUGCAAAUGUGAGAUUGUAUCAUGUUUUAAAUAAUAUUUUCUUCUUAUCAGAUCGUAAUUGCAAGAGAGGAGGAGCUGUUAGCACUUUCCACACCAUUUAUAAGAGAUGGAUAAAAACUAUUGAUUUCAAAUGUCAAGGAAUAUGAGAUCUUCAUCCUACCAAUUUCAUAGUUUUCAUAAUCUUUAUAAUCAAAGCAUAUGCCUAGAGCAAAACAAAAAUCCUACAAGACAUUCCACUCAUAAUUUUUUUUGCUAAAUCUGAAAUGCAAGAUUUCGGACCAAAAAUCACGACAUAUGAAGCAAAAUUAUGGUAGGCAGAGUCAGAUUUGAAAUUGGUUAAUAACUUCUAAGUUACAUAUAAAAAAUGACACUUUGCACAUUUAAGGUGAGGGUGUGAAAGUAUUUCAAUGCAUUUUAACUGAGGUUGCUGACAAUUGGAUGACUGCCACAUAGCCCAAAGGAAUAGUUUACCAUUUUAUUCGCUAGUUUAACUUGUCUACAACAGUUGUCUACAACAUAUAUUGUUCUUUUUUAAGUUAAGGUAUUUGUGUACAUAAUGUUCAAACCUAUUACACUAUAAGGCCUAAUUCAGAUAUGAUGCGAUAAACCACUGUUUUGGGGGUGUUUUUUUAAUAAAAACAAUUGCUGUCAAAUGGUAACUGCGGGCAAGGAAGGUCCUGCUAUGAGAUACAGAAGUGUGAAGCCUAUUAAACUUACAUGUAAGUCUUAAUACAAAAAAAGGGGAAAAUGCCAUUAUUAACCACAUAAUAUCUGAUUGAGGCUUUACAAUUGCUGCCGUGAAAUAGUCACCAAGUAGAAAACAUUUACUUGAUUUUGAUAGUCUACUUCGUUUUCAUAACGGCCGGAAGUGAAUAGGUCAACACGUAGGGACUACAAGAGAUAUUAUUAUAGGUAAAUGUACAUUAUAGUGAG